UUGUUUAUUCAGUGGUACCACCACUCGUAGUGAUUGGAUGGAUUUGCCAGUAUUAAAUGUAUUUGUAAAGAUAUAGAAGGCAGGUAUUAUUUUGAACUUGGUACUUCGCAGACUUAACUUAGUUUGAAUUCAGAGAAACAGACAUACUGAAUGCGCUUUCCAGAUUUAUUGUGCGGCUGCGUCUUCGGAGCAUCUUUGAGCUCGGUGACAGCGGAGACGAGAGACAGUGCCAGACUUUAUUUAUUCAUACAUGUGCGUGAAGGCCAAGGUUCUUUAGGGGAGAAGUCAUUGAUUAGUAGGCCGUAGUUUGGCCUAGCAUGAAUGUGACGUCAGCUACUAUUUGGUGGAGUAUGGGAAUCAUGUGAAGGUGCGUCAUCGGCGGCCACAACUUCCAGUCAAACAAGAAAGCGUUCGUGAAGAUGGCUGUUCACAGUUUACAUUUUGUUUUGAAGUUGCUUACUGUUGUUUUACUAACAGCUGCACCAUGCCUGCCGUUGGGAGACGGACUGGAAAGAAGGAUUUCUUCAGAAUUGAAUCCACAUUGCACAUUGGCACAAUGCAAUACUUCGCAUUAUUCUGUUGUGUAUGUUAAAGCAGAAGGUCCAAAUGAUACAUUACACUAUGUGUGGGAUCUUACUGCGAAGCCUUCUGUUUUACUGGCACUUACAGACAAGGAUUCAAAUCUCACGAUUGACUGGAGGGGUUUCAUUGAUGGCGAAGAUGGAUCUUUAACGUUUUCCACGGAUCCGUUGUAUAGUUUUGGAAUCAUCAUCGACAAGGUGUGGGAAUUCAACGAUGUCAAUGACACUGGUAUGUUCCGUGCUGAUGUGAACAGUUCAUACAUAAAGGAAUUGGACACACAGUUCUUCAAUUGGAACAGAACCCAGUUUAGAGAAGAAGAAAAAUCUAUGGUUUUAACUGCAGAAGCCAAUGGUUACAAUGAUUCAGUAGUCACUAAAAAUGGAACGUUGAGAGUAGAGGUAGAAGUAUUUGGCUUCAAUGACCACAGUGAGAAUUUACCUCACCUUUUACACACUUCAAACACCACUCAGGUGGAUAUGGUAUUUGACAGACUAACCACUGAUCCAUCUUUUAACAAUUCUCGAUUUGCUGUAGAAUUUGUCAUUGUCAGUCAAGAUCAGCGUAAUGGCACUAUGAUUGUCGAUGUCAGAAAGAGCCUAGAUGAUGAACACACACCAGGUGUUUUCACCCUUGUAGAUGUGGAGAGCCCAAGCAGCCAUUCACGCUCUUCUGGAGGGUAUUUGCAGUGGAAACCAGUAGCAUAUUUAGCACAAAAUCGUGAUAUAUCCAAUUCCACUGUUACAAAUGUGUAUGGACCUAUUAAAAGUCCCCCAAAGGCACUCGAUAGCUCACUGUUGUCUGCCUAUUAUGGCAGUCAGUUAACAAAUGGAUCACAGACUCUCGUGCAAGCUGUGACUGUGUCUUUUGGUGAGUCAGAUGAUGGGUUCUACAAGAAAACAAAGUACACGUCAUGGACAUUUGCCAUUGGCUAUGGGAAGCCACCAAAUGAAGAUUUCUCACUAUUGGUUAUUCUUGUAAUCAGUAUCGGCCUUGGACUUCCUGCUCUUUUGGUUGUAAUCAGUGGUAUUGUGAUGUCCAUUCGCAAGAUCUCGCAAAACAAGGAUGAUCUUUUACUGUCUAGUUGACCCUGGGCUGCUUGUAAAUGCAAAUGCAGCCCUGUUUGAUGUCAAGUGCCUGUGUAUGAAAUAUAGACUAUUUUUCUUGUACUCUAAAUAGUUUGCAAUCAUCACGUGUGUGUGUGUGUGUGUGUGUGUGUGUGUGUGUGUGUGUGUGUGCGUGCGUGCGUGUGCGCGCGCAAAAUAUAUUCUUCUGUGAUAAUAUUGCUGUGAAGUAAGCUCUCUUGCUUAAGGAAAUACUUUUUUCAGAAGCUGAAUGAUAAAACCAUACUAAUAACCAUCAUAGGUGGUAGAUUCUUUAUACAAGAUGACCUUUAGUGUACCAGGUGUUACAUUACAUUUUUAAGAGUUGCAUUUUAUUUAAAUACACGUUCAUUUUGUCAUGCAGGGAUUGAGGAAUCGCGUGCACUGCUUAGCUGGCACAUGUCCAUUGCUGCUGAUGUCUGUAGUGCAUAGCUUUGUGUUUGCAGUAGGGGGUGGCUUGGCAUUCCAGUACACCAUUGGAUAGCUCAUAUUUGAAGAUAUUCAGACCUGAGUUUUUGCAACCAUGAAGUAGCUGUUCCUCCACAUAUCAAAAGCUGAGUCCCGUACUUCUUUUCAUGCUGAUUCACCUAUGCAGGCAGUACUGGUGAAUCGCCAUGAAGAGAAGUACGAAAAUCGUGUUUUGAUACUUAGAGAAACAAUUACUCAUGGUUACUGAAUCUCUUAAAGGCUCAGCUAGAAAAUCCAGUGCAUUAAAGACUACAUCGGCAGCAAUGGGCAUGUGCCAGCUAAGCAGUGCAAGGUAUCACCCAAUCCCUGAAUAGAUUCUACCAGCUAUAAACAGUCCGAGCAGUCCCCCAAUCCCCACAUUGCAAAGUGAAUUUUUUUCGAGUUUUCCAAAGUGAAUCUUCAUCUAGUAUGAAGAAUUUGACAGCCUACGAUGGACAUUAAAAAGGGUUUUGAAAUUCAGAAAUAAGGUCGAGGCAGUUUACCCAAACAUGUAGAAACAUUCUCAAGCGAUCAUAAGCUAAAGAAUGUUAGUGCUGUCAUGUGCAGUAUGCUGUACAAAGCUUCUUUUU